CUUUGCGCCCUGCUCUCACCCGGCGCUUGUUGCCAGCAUCCUUGCACUGAGCAUGUGCGCGGCAUCCCUCCCCUCUCCGCCGCGGGUACCACAGAGAUGCAGUGAGCUCAGCAGCGCUUCCAGUGCAGCCCAGGCGAGGGCUGAGGCGGAGCCGGAGCCCGCUCCCCCGCGGGCAUGGAGUGAGCCGGAGCCCGCGCCGAGGCAGUCCGCGCAGCCGUGCACGCGGGCAUGGAGUUGAAGAGAUCCAUCUCCGCCAGCAUGGAGGCGGAGAAGCCGCUGAGACGCUACGGGGCAGUGGAGGAGACGGAGUGGAAAGCGGAGGGGCUGGGGAGAAAUCAACUUGACAUCAUUUCUAUGGCUGAAACAACAAUGAUGCCUGAGGAAAUCGAACUGGAGAUGGCAAAGAUCCAGAGGCUUCGCGAAGUCUUAGUCAGAAGAGAAUCAGAACUCAGGUUUAUGUAA